UACGCUUGCGUGGCUCCGCCCUAAGACCGCCCAAGCACUGCUAUAAAUGCCGUAGUCACUUUUCAUCUGGAACUUGUUGCACUUCGCGCUCACCAAGUUUCAACUUCGACGCUUCCCGCACUCUGAUACCAGUCACAAUGAUGAUCAAGAAGGUCGCCAUUAUCGUCGCAGUGGUGCUGGCUCUUGUUUGUCUGGCCGAAGCUCGUGAAGAGGGGCCUCAUGAUAUGGCAGACGCUCUCCGCAUGUUGCAGGAGUUGGAUCGUCUGUAUACCCAGGCUUCUAGACCAAGGAUUGACCGCCGCGACGUAGCGGAAGGGGACCGGGUCGAUCCAGACUUGUUAGAUCGUGCGGUGCGGCUUCUUCAGCUUCAGAAACUAGACCGCAUUUACUCCUACCACACUCGACCAAGAUUCGGCAAACGUUCCGACGCCUUCGCCAACUGGGCUAAGGAUCUUGAGAAGCCGGACAUACCGGCGUGGUUAGCUUACGCCAGGAGGAGAUGAAAGGUUAGCAGCCAUCGGUUCAAUAACAUCUCAACAAUUUACUAUCAUACAUGCAGCACUUAAUGGCUAUGAAAUAGUGUAUUUCCUUUUAAACUCAUUUCUUAUUCAGUAGCAUUUAAUACUUAUUUAUUUGUUUGUAUAAUUUUAUCUAUUUCUCAAAUUUUCUAGUCAAUUUAUAAAUGUCACGUAUAGUAACACUACUUGUAACGUGUAAAUCAAUCAUAAUAAUGAAUAAAGGCAUCGAUAAAACGUAAAUUUA